AUGCCUGGACUUGAUGUUUCGACCUUCACUACAUCAGUCGACGCUAUAUUUAUCUGCGGAUUCUGCGAUAAAGUUGCCUUAAGCCCUCAGAUGUGCAAGAAUUGCCAAAAAUUCCACUGUUUGAAGUGCAUAAAUAAAAGAGCAUGCCCAAAAUGCAAUGAAAAAUUUAUAAAUCCUUCUGAAGUUUUAUUGAGAUUUUAUAAUGCUUUGGUUACAGAGUGCCCAAAAUGUAAAGAAAAAUUGAGAAUCAAUGAAUAUGAAGACCAUGUAAAAGGAUGCAAAAAAGUUGAUGAACUUUCGACUUUGAGAAUCAAAGUGGCGGAAUUGAUGACUGAAAAUGACCAAUUAAAGAAAGAAAAUGAGUGACUGAAAAGGCAGCUAAAUGAAAAAGAGCACAAAAAAACUCCUGUUGUUAUAGAAGAAAAUAAACAAGAUCACCAAAAACAGGAGCAAGAUCAUCAACACAUCAAUAAAAAGCAUUCAAAGCAUAUUGAACCACAGAAAAAACAGCUAGAUCACUCGAAAGAUAUCCCGAAAGAAACCCCCAAAGGGAAUGCAGAAGAAGAAAAAAAAGAAGUAAAGCCUCCUGUUGCUCCAAGAAAAUCUGAUAGCAAACCAAAAAUACCUAAAUCUGCAAGAGAAGAAAAUAAAGAAGCAAAGCCAAAUGGGCAUAAAUUUGAAGAAAAAGAAGCUUCGCCUAGAAAGCAAGCUGAUGUAAGCCCAACUACUCCUCAAAAAAAGAUUUUUGCUGCGACAGUAAUACAAAGGGCUUUUAGAAAAAGGGACAAGCAAAAAGUAAGAGCAAUUCUUGCUGAAAGAAGACAAGAAAGAAUGAAAAAUACUGCAAACAGAAAAAUGAAUGAAGAAAUCAAAGAGGCAGCACAUAACAUCAAAAAUGUGAUAAAAAAUCUACCAUUAAAAGAUAAUAACAAAGAAGCAAAAAAAUUAGCUGUCGCCAACAAGCUGAGAGCGAAAAAAUAA